AUGGCGUACUCAAUCCUCAUCAUAAAUCCUAACUCGUCAGUUAAUGUUACAAAUAAUUUAAAGGACAUCCUUGUCCAGCCUCCGCAAGUUGAAUUUGAAUUUUAUACUGGGCCUCCCGAAGCUCCCAAAGAGAUCAACGGAAAUGAAACGUCGGUAUUGUCCGAAAAGGCUGUACUCCCAGACUUGCUAAAAAAAGGAAUCAUUGAUAAAUAUGAUGGAUUUUUGGUUUGCUGUUACUCGGACCACCCUUUGAUCCACUCGCUUGGGAAGCAUACAGAUCAACCAAUUCUAGGAAUAAUGCAGGCCACUCUACUCUAUGCUUUGCUGAAUCCCUCCGUAACCAAGCUGUUCAUAUUGACAAGUGUGAAUGAAUGGGAGCCGUUAUUAGACAAAGCAAUUACUGACUUUGUUGGUGCUAGCGAGUUUCCAAGUAAGAAAUUUCAAAAGACAAAGGGGCUUGACGUAAGUGUGCUUAGUUUAAGUGAUCCUGAUGAAUAUUCCAAGAUCUCUACUAGAGUUUCAGAUAUUUUAAACAAAGAAUACGCCCACGAUAACAUCAAUUGUGUAUUAUUAGGUUGUGCUGGCAUGGCUGGGUUAGACGAAAAAUUAGGAGGUAGUUUCCAAAAUGUUCAGUUUAUUGACAGCGUUAAAGUAGGAGUAGAGUUUCUUACUGGUCUUAUUCGCUUUCAUAAACAAUAA